AUGGAAGACGAGCCCUUUUUGUAUGAUGCCCUAAGCCCCCUCUCCACCGCUGACCAGCCAGCGCCGCCGCCGCCGUCCUCCGACGACUCCGAACCCUACGUCGUGUUGCGUAAUCAAAUUUCUCUAUCUUCUAUUCGAUACCCCUCACUGGAAGUCGCCGCACCCGAUUACUUCUCUCUCGACGUCGACGCCGUCGCCGAGGAACCGAACGAGCCUUUGAUUUAUACUCCGUCUCCGACACCGAUUCGGGAAACGGAGCGGAGGCUUGAGGGGAAUUGGUUUCGGGCCAAUUGUCGGUUCAAGAGCCCCAUGCUUCAGCUACACAAAGAGAUACUGGAUUUCUGUGAUUUCCUCUCUCCAACUCCAGAGGAGCAAGCUAUCCGUCUUGCAGCUGUAGAGAGUGUCUUUGGUGUAAUUAGAUAUAUCUGGCCUAACUGUAAGCCAGAAGUUUUUGGGUCGUUCAAAACAGGCCUUUAUCUUCCAUCUAGUGAUAUUGAUGUUGUAAUUUUGGGGUCAGACAUCAAAAGUCCUCAAAUUGGCUUACAUGCUCUUUCUAGAGCCCUAUCCCAAAGGGGCAUUGCAAAGAAGAUACAGGUGAUUGCAAAGGCUCGUGUGCCAAUUAUCAAAUUUGUGGAGAAGAGAAGUGGUGUUGCAUUCGAUAUAAGUUUCGAUGUGCAAAAUGGACCAAAAGCUGCUGAGUUUAUAGAGGAUGCUGUAUGUAAGUGGCCUCCAUUGCGGCCCCUGUGUCUGAUAUUGAAAGUUUUUCUUCAACAAAGAGAGUUGAAUGAGGUAUAUUCUGGUGGAAUUGGUUCCUAUGCGCUCCUUACGAUGCUCAUAGCAACGAUGCAGAGUCUCAGUGAUUGCCAAGCUUCUCCUGAACGUAACCUGGGAGUGCUUUUGGUCAACUUUUUUGACAUUUAUGGACGCAAACUGAAUACAUGCGACAUUGGUGUAUCUUGCAGUGUGGGAGGCACAUUCUUCCUGAAGAGUUGUAAAGGGUUUUCAAUUAAAGCACGACCAUUUCUUAUCUCCAUUGAGGACCCACAGGCACCAGAGAAUGACAUAGGGAAGAACUCCUUCAACUAUUUCCAGGUUAGAUCUGCUUUUGCUAUGGCUUUCUCAACGCUGACAAAUGCGAAGACCAUUUUGGGCCUGGGCCCAAACAGGAGCAUUCUUGGUACCAUAAUAAGACCAGAUAAAGUACUGUUGGAACGAAAAGGGGGGCCUAAUGGCGAGGUGACAUUUAAUAACUUGCUUCCAGGGGCCGGAGAACCAUUGCAGCAACAGUGUAGUAAUCAGCAGGGAAUCUAUUGUAAUUGGCAGAUAGAUGAUGAAGAACCACCGCUGCCCCGAGGAAAUGCUAUUGUGGAUGCUAGUAGUGCUCAGUCCUCUGGAAAGAAGAGGAAGUCGUCAAAAGAAAAGAAGGUUGUUAAAAAGGUGAAGGAAAAUGGGGAUUUGGGAAUGGUCAGACAUCAAGAAAAUGGCUUUAGGAAGGAGAAGAGUGUGAAGAAGCAGCGUUGGAGACGUUAUGGGAAUGGUGGUGAAAGCACUGGUUACAGUUAUCAAGGUGGAGCUGUUGGAACAGGUUUUGUUCAGCUUGGGGAGGUUUUGAUCCGAGGUGUUGAGGAUGAGGAUCCACAGAGAGCUUCGGGUUGGAUUUGA